AUGUUCCUGAAGAAGCAGAUUGGUUUUCRGGGCCCAGAGCCCUGCUCAUGGUGGUCUCACGUGGAGAUGGGUCCCCCCGACCCUAUCCUGGGUGUGACGGAAGCCUUCAAGCGCGACACCAACUCCAAGAAGAUGAACCUGGGCGUCGGGGCGUACCGGGAUGACAACGGAAAGCCCUACGUGCUCAACUGCGUUCGUAAGGCAGAGGCACAGAUAGCGGCUAAGAAGAUGGACAAGGAGUAUUUGCCCAUUGCGGGGCUAGCGGAUUUCACCAGGGCAUCAGCAGAGUUGGCGCUGGGAGAAAACAGUGAGGCCUUCAAGAGCGGCCGGUAUGUCACUGUGCAGGGUAUUUCUGGAACUGGAUCUCUGCGAAUUGGAGCCAAUUUUCUGCAACGGUUCUUCAAGUCUAGUCGUGAUGUGUACCUGCCCAAACCAUCGUGGGGCAACCACACACCCAUCUUCCGUGAUGCUGGCCUGCAGCUUCAGGCUUACCGCUACUACGACCCCAAGACUUGCAGCCUUGACUUCUCAGGAGCCAUGGAUGACAUUUCCAAAAUUCCAGAGAAGAGCAUCAUCCUCUUGCAUGCUUGUGCUCACAACCCCACCGGCGUGGAUCCCCGUCAGGAGCAAUGGAAGGAGAUGGCUGCUGUGGUGAAGAAACGGAACCUCCUUGUGUACUUUGACAUGGCCUACCAGGGCUUUGCCAGCGGGGACAUCAACCGGGAUGCCUGGGCUGUACGGCACUUCAUCGAGCAGGGCAUCAACAUCGUGUUGGCACAGUCCUACGCCAAGAACAUGGGGCUGUACGGGGAGCGUGUGGGCGCUUUCACGGUGAUCUGCAGUGAUGCCGAGGAAGCCAAGAGGGUGGAGUCGCAGCUGAAGAUCCUCAUCCGUCCCAUGUAUUCCAACCCGCCCAUCAAUGGAGCCCGCAUCGCCUCCCUCAUCCUGAACAGCCCUGACCUGCGGAAGGAGUGGCUGGUGGAGGUGAAGAGCAUGGCUGACCGGAUCAUCAGCAUGCGAACUCAGCUYGUGUCCAACCUCAAGAAAGAGGGAUCCUCCCACAACUGGCAGCACAUCACCGACCAGAUUGGCAUGUUCUGCUUCACAGGGCUGAAGCCUGAGCAGGUGGAGCGACUGACCAAGGAGUUCUCCAUCUACAUGACAAAGGACGGCCGAAUCUCUGUGGCGGGAGUCACGUCAGGCAACGUGGGCUACCUGGCUCACGCCAUCCAUCAAGUCACCAAGUAAAGACAGAGGUGUGCUUGGGAGCUGUUGGCCUUCCCUUCCCCRGUCUCUUGCUGCUUGUGGAAGAGCGGGAGAGGAAGGCAGCACAAGCAGAAGGCUUCCACCCACAGCACUUCAGGCUGCUGCUGAAUGUAUCUUGUAGAUGAAUCAUUGUAGAGGCCUAGUUGAAAUCCCCCUACGCUGCCAAGCAGGGGCACCAUUGCUGGCUUCUACUGCCAUCAGAACCAUUCACCCCUGCGGUUCAUGCUACCUCCCUCUGCCCCAGCACCCCUCUGCAUCGGAGGAAGCAAAUGGCCAGCGCUGCGGCACCUGUUGGCACCA